AUGCUCACUCCAGAUGUUUCCCGCCGGAACCAUGCCAUCGAAGUCGCGGAUCGAGUAAAUAUAGAAGAGUACAAGAUCUUCAAUGCAUUCAUUCAAGAAAACGACAUCUCGGCCUCAGACACGGCGCAGAAAAUCGUAAAUCUCACCAAAGCUGCGCUCCAAGCCAACGAGCAAGAUGAGCGGGUUCUCGGCUGGCAACUCGAGAGUACCGGGAACGGCUUCCUUGAAGCCGGCGUGCGCGCUUCGCCAGCCCAGCAGAAAAAACUCAUCACUGUGCUCGAGGAGCUGCAAAAAACCACUUUGUCGGACCCUAAGACGGGCGAAGUCGUGCGCUAUUGGGAAAUGGAGGUGUGGGCUGAUCUACCCAUGAUUGGAUUCGCUUUCGGGAACGAGAUGAACUCGUUCGAUCCCAACGACACGACAAGCUGGCCCGACGACAUCGCCCGUUGGGAGCCUCUCACCACCUUGGCGGCGCAGAUUAUGGCCGUCCCAGCCAUCAAACUUGACUUUUUUAGGUGGACCUGGGCCCCGGCGGCACUCAGAGACGUGUUUAGGUCGUAUGUUGAGCCGGGCCUGCCUACUGAGCUUGCCGUAAGGGCUGCUUGCUUGUGGUUUAUAUAUGCGGGAGAAGUGCUGUGGGAACAGACACGUAAAGGGGAGUUUACCGUCCUUGAGGACGGCGAGGAUGAGGUAAAGAAGAAUCUUAAGCAGUGGAGUGACUGGAAGGAAAAUUUACGGUCGCUGCGGGAUUCUGCGACGGAUGCCAGGACAAGGGAGUUGUUGGUGGAGGCGUUGACGGCGAUGGAGAGGGCUGAGGAGAAGAAGGAUUAGGGAAGAGAUAGUGGUAAAGUCUUAUGGUCGACGACUUAAAGAGUUGGUUCCUUAUAAUGAC